AUGCUCUCAACUGUUUCUAAUGGUUUGCUUGGAAGCGAUUUUACAUGGGAAGACGUCAACAAAAUAAUCGAACAAAAAUUUGGGGGCGCCAAAUUGGGCGAUGAUACAACGAUCGAACCGCUCGCAGUUGGAGUGGGUCUUCAAUCUUUGAUCGGAGUCGUUUCGACAACUUGGACUGACGAAAAUUGUCCACUUCCUAACAAAUUUGUCCUCAAAAUUGGAUCACCACUGGCAUUGAUAAAAGCACUUAAAGCGCAAUCUGGGAAAAUCAAUAUGGAGAGGUCGGAAGAAUUGGUCCGCGGUUUUCUCAUUUUCCUGCCUCUUUGUCAUAAUUCUGAAAUUUUUUUCUACGAGAACUAUGAAACUCUUAAGAAAAGCGGAAUUACUGAGAUACCCGAGUUUUAUUUUGGAUCGAAGAUUGAGAAAAUCGCUGGAGGUGUAUCGAAAGGAUGUAUUGGAAUGGAAUUCAUUGAGGAUGUGCAAAGUCUUUCACCCGCCCAAGACUUUAGCGAAGAACAGCUCAAACAGGUCCUCCGUGUAAUUGCCAGACUUGAAGCAGCUUUUCUUCCCCUUUCAACCAAAAUUGACGCAAAAACUCCUCAUCAUGGUCUCGCUGGCCUCUAUCAGACAUUUCCAGAUUGGUUUGUUCUGCUCAACAACAAAUUAAUGGAGCAAAUACCACAUCCGAAGAUGAAACAUCUUACUGCUGAAUUUGCGACGACGCUUCCUGAGAUUAUCAAGAUGCAGGAAAUUGAUCGACUUGAAGGGAAAUUGGGAAUGCAGAAGGUUCUGGUACAUGGCGACCUUUGGAGCCCGAAUAUUCUGUGGAAAGGAGAACAUUUGGAGAAGAUUGUGGAUUUCCAGAUGAUCCACUUUGGAAUGGCGGUGACAGAUCUGUCAAGAAUUUUCAACACCGCUUUAAGCCCGAGACAAAGAAGAACAAAAUGGAGAGAAUAUCUGAAGUACUUUCAUGAUGUUUUGACCGACGAAGUUGGAGGUGAACGCAAUCUUCCAUAUUCCUACAAACAACUCGAGCUUACCUACUUGCUCGUCUACCCAAGAUCUUCUGCUAUGCUUCUACCAACGCUUACAACUGUAUUAGAUAAAGUUAACACGAUGCCAGACAAUCAAGAAAAACAUGAUCUUUCGAUGAACUUGAUUUCGAAGAUAAUCGCAAUCUACGAGGACGUUAUCGAUUUUCAUAGAAAUCGUCCAAAUUACUCAUAA